GCGCACAAAAUGGCGGCGCGCGGCGGGGCGCAGGGGCUCGGCUGAGACCCCCUUCCCCGCGCCCUCCCGGGGCGCAGGGUGCCGCGAACCCAGGAGAGGGCCGGGCGGGACCGGGCCCCUGCGCGGCGGGGCGCGAGCCACGCCCGGCCCGCGCCGCCCCUCCCGGCCCCGCCAGCGUCCCAACCGCUCUCGGCCCCCGCUCCGCCCGCCGGGCCGCGGGGUCUACACAGCCGGCCUCUCCUCCCGCCCGGGCUCACCUCCGCCGGGAGAUGUCCGGCCCCUCCCCUCCCAAACGGCCCGCCUUCCGGGCCGGGCGUCCCGGGCCCCGGGCCCCCCACUGAGACCCGCACCCCAGCCCGCUUCCUCCUCAGCGCCGAUUCUCGCCCUCUGCGGGAGACUUCGUCCUCCUUCCAGAGUAAGCCUCCUUCCGCCCGCCCCCCAGCACACCUCCGGCACCGCCCCCACCCGCCCUCUGCCCGCCAUGGAGGCUGUGUACCUGGUGGUGAACGGGGUGGGCCUGGUGCUGGACGUGCUGACCUUGGUGCUGGAUCUGAACUUCCUGCUGGUGUCCUCCCUCCUGGCCUCCGUGGCCUGGCUCCUGGCCUUCGUCUACAACCUGCCGCACACCGUGCUCACCAGCCUCGUGCAUCUGGGCCGCGGCGUCCUGCUGUCGCUGCUGGCCUUGAUGGAAGCCCUGAUGCGGCUCACCUUCGGGGGCUUCCAGGCGCUGUGGACCCUGCUGCACAGCUGCUGCUCCGGCCUCGAGAGCCUGAAGCUGCUGGGGCACCUGGCCUCGCACGGGGCCUGGAGGAGCCGGGACUUCCUGCACCGAGGCCUCCUCCAUGUGGUCUCCAGCGGCCACACUCUGCUGCGCCAGGCCUGCGACGUCUGCGCCAUCGCCAUGAGCCUGGUGGCCUACGUGAUCAACAGCCUGGUCAAUAUCUGCCUCAUUGGCACUCAGAACCUCUUCUCCCUGUUGCUGGCCCUGUGGGACGCCGUGAUGGGGCCGCUGUGGAGGAUGACGGACGUCAUGGCCGCCUUCCUCGCGCACAUUUCCAGCAGCGCCGUGGCUAUGGCCAUCCUCCUCUGGACCCCAUGCCAGCUAGCAAUGGAGCUCCUGGCCUCGGCUGCCCGCCUCGUGGCCAGUUUCGUGCUUGUCAAUCUCACUGGCCUGGUGCUGCUGGCUUGCGUGCUGGCGGUGACGGUGACCGUGCUGCACCCAGACCUCACCGUGAGGCUGGCCACCCAGGCCCUCGGUCGGCUCCACGCCCGCCCGUCCUACCACAGGCUUCGAGAGGACGUCACGCGGCUGUCUCGCCUCGCACUGGGCUUGGAGGUUUGGCACCGAGUCUGGAGCCGCAGCCUGCAGCUGGCAAGCUGGCCGAAUUGGGGAGGGGCACCCGGGGCUCCCCAGGGUGGCCCUAGAAGGGUGCCUGCAGCCAGGACCUCGCAACAGGCCACUCUUCCAGAAGCAGGGCCCAGACCAGAGGCAGGAGAGGAAGAAGGUAGAACGGCCAGAGUGGCCGCUGCCUGGGGCAGGGAGCGGCUCAACGAGGAGCCGGGAGCCGGGCAGGACCCGUGGAAGCUGCUGAAGGAGCAAGAGGAGCGGAAGAAGUGCGUCAUCUGCCAGGACCAGAGCAAGACCGUGCUGCUGCUGCCCUGUCGGCACCUGUGCCUCUGCCAGGCCUGCACCGAGAUCCUGAUGCGCCACCCCGUCUACCACCGCAACUGCCCACUCUGCCGCCGCGGCAUCCUGCAGACCCUCAACGUCUACCUCUGAGGACCCCCUCCCUGCCCCUCCAUGCACGCACCACAGCCACCUGACUGGGACAGCAUUCACAGCUGCCGCCGGUCCUGGCCUGAGGCGCCUUUUGCCCUGUGGCUGUCAUGACAAGCCUCCCAGCCAUACGUCCGGGACAUUGAGAUGGACACCCUGGAAGACAGUGGCCUGGGCGGGGCAGGUUAGCAGCUUCUCCACUCGGGAGGUCCCUGUGACGCUGAGGGUGGUGCGUCCCUGUGCCACGCCCUGAGACUGUUUGCUGUCGCCUCCUUUCCAGCUUGCCAAGGCCCACCCAAUGCCAGCCUCGGGCCCCUCCUCUGCUUCUGUUUGCUGCUGUUGGGGGUUUGCAGGUCCUCUUCCUAGCUUCUGUGGCCACAACGCACCAGUGUGAUUUGUGUAUUUGGCAACUUAAGGGCCUUGAGAUGAUCUUGAACCUUUGCUUUUAGCCAGAACUCCUGUUUUGGGGGUGGUGUCUCGCAGAUGCCUAGAGCUUUUGCCUGCCAUAAUCUUCUGAAGCUCCUUCCCAACCUCAUCCAGCAGCUGGGGUUGAAGUUUAUCUGCGUGUGUGUGUAUGUGUGUGUGUGUAGCUGUAUCUGGCUUCGGGACCAUGAUUCCUCGCAUCCCAGCUCCACUGGAGCCUCAGGAGAGAAAACAGAUUUCUAUUCCUGUCCUUCCAUUCCCACGUCACAGGAAAAUGGCAUUCCCCUCCUGUUUGUCUCCCCGGCACUGGGGAAGGCAGACUGCACAUUCCACUGUGGCCCACACAGUAGGGCCAGGGCCAGGGGCAUAUAGUUCCCUGAGGGGUCUUCUGGCUCAGUUUCCAGUGAAUAAAGUUUUGUUGACAACCCUGA